UAUCAGGAUACUAUAUUUUUUUUCCUCCUUUCACAAACACAAGAUAUGCGUGCGAAGUGCAGGUAGCUCCCAGAAAAUAGCAACUCGUCAAACACUUCUUUCUUUGCCCGAGGCUGAGAUCCCCCAUCUACAAAGUGAGUGCGUACACACACUGAAACACACACACACACACACACACACCUUUUUGACUGUUAGCUUCAAACUCCAUACUUUCUCUCUCUAGCUUGAAAAGAUACAUACCCUCUUCGAUCUCUUGUGGUGAAGAACAACAUCAAUUGGAUUGAUGAUUUGGGGGAUUUCAUAGGAAAUGGAAAACCCAAUUCAAAUUUCAGCAGCAGAUGCAGGUGGUCCCUAUUAUCCUCUUCGCAACCACGACGACGUCUCUGUUUCCGAUGAUUCCAGAUUGAAUCAACUCGGUUACAAGCAAGAACUCAGUCGCAGCCUCUCUGCGAUUGCAAACUUUUCGGUAACUUUCUCAAUCGUAUCAAUCCUGACGGGUCUAACAACAACGUAUGGCACUGGGCUGAGAUACGGUGGGCCCCUAACCAUAAUAUACGGAUGGCCCAUAGUGGGUGUUUUCACACUCAUUGUGGGCCUAUCAAUGGCUGAGAUCUGCUCUGCUUACCCAACUUCUGGUGGCCUUUACUUCUGGAGCGCCAAACUCUGCGGAAAACACUGGGGCCCAUUUGCUUCUUGGCUCACUGGCUGGUUCAACAUUGUUGGUCAGUGGGCUGUUACAACAAGUGUAGAUUAUUCACUAGCACAGCUGAUUCAGGUGAUUGUUCUCCUCAGCACUGGUGGGAAAAAUGGUGGUGGAUAUGAGGCCUCUAAAUAUGUAGUUAUUGCAAUCCAUGGCGGAAUUUUGCUCGUACACGCCAUCUUAAACAGUCUUCCUAUUUCAUGGUUAUCCUUGUUUGGACAGCUUGCUGCCGCCUGGAAUCUCAUAGGUGUUCUUGUUCUUAUGGUUCUCAUUCCCACGGUUGCAAAGGAGAAGGCUAGUACCGAGUUUGUUUUCACAUACUUUAACACAGAUAAUGGGGAAGGAAUCAACGGUAAAGCCUAUAUAUUUGUUCUUGGACUUCUAAUGAGCCAGUAUACUCUAACUGGAUAUGAUGCAUCUGCCCAUAUGACAGAGGAAACCAAGAAUGCAGACAUGAAUGGACCAAAAGGAAUAAUUAGUUCCAUUGGAAUAUCUAUAGUUUUCGGAUGGGUUUUCCUACUAGGCAUCACCUUUGCAGUUACAGACAUCCCAUACCUCCUGAGUGACGACAAUGAUGCUGGUGGUUAUGUCAUUGCGGAAAUAUUUUACCUAGCAUUCAAGAGUAGAUAUGGGAAUGGUGUUGGGGGAAUUAUUUGCUUGGGAGUGGUUGGCGUUGCCAUAUUUUUCUGCGGUAUGAGCUCAAUGACUAGCAACUCUAGGAUGGUUUAUGCAUUUUCAAGAGAUGGUGCCAUGCCAUUGUCAUCAUUUUGGCAUAAAGUAAACAAGCAGGAGGUCCCCAUAAAUGCUGUUUGGCUCUCUUCUUUCAUAGCAUUUUGCAUGGCGCUCACAUCUCUGGGAAGCUUAGUGGCAUUUGAUGCCAUGGUAUCAAUAGCAACUAUUGGACUCUAUAUCGCUUAUGCCUUACCUAUCUUCUUCCGUGUGACACUGGCUCGCAAGUCCUUCAUUCCAGGGCCUUUUAACUUAGGCCGCUAUGGGAUCCUUAUUGGUUGGGUUGCAGUUCUCUGGGUAGCAAUCAUAUCUGUGCUCUUCUCUUUGCCUGUGGCCUACCCCAUCACCGAGCAGACUCUCAAUUAUACUCCGGUUGCUGUUGGUGGCCUACUCAUUCUCACUGUUUCUUCUUGGAUCUUUAGUGCUAGGCACUGGUUUAUAGGUCCCAUAACCAACAUAGAUAGCUGAAGUAUUAUAUAAGUUGAUUCUGACUAAAUUUAUUUAUUUUUCCAUUGUCUCUUCCGAUUUCGCUAUUACAUCAAUGGCCAAAGCAAAAGUACAUUAAAUUCAA